UCCAUAAGUUUAUAUAAUUUGCUGCAUGGUGUUGUUGUGUCCGCACUCCGGAUGACUGAAAUCUAUACACAUUAGUCUACCAAUCGAAACCGGAAUUUCGAACGACACAAAACAAUUUGAUUUUGUUAAGAAUUGCAAUUUUUAGAGCUGAUUUUUUCGAGCUCAUCAGUAGCAAUAAUUUGGUCUCCUCCACCCCUUGGGCGAAAGUUACAAAACAUCACAAAGGAGCAUCCGAUUUCUCAAUGAUGGAAAAAGAUAUUGAAAUGCUGCUACCGUAAUUUUUUUCACUACAACCCGUAACGUAAAGCUAACAAAUUCAUAAAUAUUUCUGCGAUACUUCAUUUAAUAAUUUUGCUGUCCAGAGAAUGCAGCCAGUAGUAAAAUUAAGGUGUGUUUGCUGUCAUAUUUGGAUUAUAAAACAAAAAUCAGUCGUUGACACAACUUUUUAAGCCAUAAUUUUUGCUGCAAUUAACGAAGUAGUCGCUUACAUAGUUGAAAGUCUUUAAAAGAGUAGCAAUAAAGUUGUUGCGUGUUACGGAAUGAAUUUUCACGAGCAAAAUGAAUGUCGUGUUGCGCAAUUUUAAUUACCAUUCUUUUUACGAAAUAGUAAUUUACUGAUACUACGUAGUAAUAGCGUGCCGGAUUACAGUAAUUUAAGCGACAAAUUCCUUCUGACGGCUAUUUUACUAUUUCCAUAUCCAUUUAAAAAUAAUUUCUGUUCAUAGGAUGUGAAAACGUCUUUCUCGUCCACUUUUAAACAAAAAUUUGAAGGCGUCAACUUUGAGGCAUUGACUUUCGAAAUGUACAACAUGGGUAAUUUGCUGCGAAAACUUGCGACCCCUUUUUCGCUCUCGGAGACUUCAUACCUAUCCAUCAUGACCUGGCUGACUAAAUGGACGUUAAGGUCGUUUGCAAUUCCUUUAAAGUCAGAAUCUGUAAGCAAGGAGGGAAGACGUUUUUCAGUCAUUAAUAAAACAAGCCAUUGGGUUAUCUACGCUUGCACUGCUUUCUUAUGGCUCUUCUACAACCUCGUGUAUUCGUUCUGGUUUUAUAAAAAUAUCUAUAAUUCGAAUGGAAGCAAAGGUCUUCCCGUUUGGCAAAAAGUCAUUGCAUUCUUCUUUCUUAUCAACUAUGUUCCGAUAUUUGGUCUGCACGUUUGUCUCCUAUUUCGCAAAAAAGAACUACUACAAUUACUGAAAACUUGUGUGUGGAUUGAGACGAAAUGCAUAGAAAGAGGGGCAUCAGAAUACACGAAAAUCAGCAUAUUUUCCAAUCUUUAUUGCGUAAAAUUGUCAAUAUUUGCCGUCCCUGGAAUGAUGGGGGCGGUAGGAUUAUUUCUGCCCUGCAUGCCACCCUCAAUUGCAAGCACCUUAUUCCUCGAGUGUCAGGAUCGAUGGGGCGACCAAGACGCCGAGGUAUGGGUGCGUCUUAUCAAUGGCUUUGCGCAGGGGUACGUUUGGCUUUCGCUGGCAGGAGUUAUGAUUACCACGAUUAGCCGGAUUUUAAUUUAUCCUUCUGUAAUGGUGGAAUUGUGGAUCAAGAUGAUUGAAGGACAACUGGAUCAUUACCAUUUUGCAAAUCAUGGAUUAGAGGCCUUUCGCGUCGCACAAGUAUUCCAAAACCUGGCCAACUCUGUGAUGAGUAAGCCUUUCAUCAGUAUUUUCGCCUUCCUGUCAAUCGUGUCUGAAAUACUUUCACUCUAUGUUAUCAUAACAUCCUGGAAUAAUCUUAGUUUUGGCGUGUCUGCAUUUUUCUGCUUGAUGGGAAUGAAUUACUUCUUAAUAAUUCAUAUCACCCUGGAUUCUCUUAGUAAAUCAUACGUUGCGACGGUGAAGUUCUCAAAACACAUGAAACGACUGAGGUCCCGAAAUGCUUGGGUUAAGAAAUUUUUGGCAUCAUGUCCUCCGAUAAAAGUGGGAAUGGGAGAUGGCAAGUUUUUCGACGGAUUGACAUCAUUAAUUAUUUGGCAGUUCUGCGUGGACAGAUUAAUUAAUUUGCUGCUCCUGGAGAAAUAAGUUGUUUGCAGUAAUGAUAGCAAAUUGUGUCAUUUUAAAUUAUAGCAUCAUGUAGUAAAGGUUUUCUUAAAUUCUCAGCAUAAAUAUACCUUAGCAGUACAAUUAGGUAAUAGCAUGUACAUACAUUGCAUAUUUAUUGUUAAGAAAGAAAAGAAUAGUCAAGUCAGUAGUAGAACUCUCAUGAUAAUUAAAAAGAUUUUAAAAAUUAAAUCUAUAGAAC